UCUACAGUCGCUUCUCAAAGCUCACUUUUAUCAGAUUUUCAUAGCUGUGGGGGAAUCAACAUGAUCUAAGAGAGAGCGAUUAGUUUUCAUAACAGAUUUGAUAAACAAACUUUGUGGGGUGUUUUUAUACCAACCCGUCAAAAAGAUCGUGUUGUUAGAUGGUCUUAUAUUUCAUAACUUAAUAUGUUUUGGACACAUCUGACGUAAUGCUGCACCUUAACAAACUUGUUCUUCCGGAUUCUUUCUCUUUGUGAAUGCAGUUUCUGUACCAACCCAUGAGUGACAUCGAUUUUCCAUUAGCGCACAUAAUGUAAUUUAAGACAUUUAUAACUUGCUGCACAGUUGAUGGAAAGUGUUCUAAACGAAGUAGCUGGAAUAAUGAAAGCUAUAAAAAAUAAUGUUUAUUUAAUUUCUUCAUUGUUUCAUAAAAAAUUGAAAACGAGAAAAGUGUCAGCAGUUGUGUGUAAGUGACACAUUGAGAUGGAUGGAAAAGCAAGUGACCCCUUCAGCAGCGAGGCAGAACAGCUUCCUGGGGCAGGAGUAUUGGGGAGGCUGUGGCUGCCCAAAGGUCUGUCUGGUAAUGUGAUUAAGGAUUGGGUGGACCACAGGCGAAAGUCCAUCCGUCCAUGGGCCAGCUUUGUGGACCAGCGCAAGUUCUCCAAACCUCGGAAUUUUGGAGAGCUGUGCCAGCGUGUGGUGAGGAAUCUGGACACCUUUCACAGCAACUACGCCUUCAUCUUUCUGGGACUCAUUCUCUACUGCAUCAUCAGUUCCCCGAUGCUCUUGAUUGCUUUGGGAGUGUUUGCUGGUGCCUUCUAUAUAAUUCACUUGAAAACACUGGAAAAGAAGCUGGUUGUUUUCGGUCGUGAGUUGACUCAGGGACACCAGUUAGGUUUAGCAGGAGGGGUUUCCUUCCCUGUGUUCUGGCUCGCAGGUGCAGGAACUGCUGUGUUUUGGGUACUAGGUGCUACACUAGCUGUUAUCGGGUCUCAUGCAGCAUUUCAUGAGCUGGAGUCGUGUGACAUAGAUGAGCUGCUCAUGGAACCUGUUUAAACCUUUCACCUUUUUCCUUUUGGCUCAUGUUAACCUAAAUUGUCUUGCCUCAUCAUUUAUAUUGCCGUAUAUUGUUUUUGCACUAAUUUGGCAAUAUCAGUUUGCUCACAGAUUGGCCAGCAAAGAAAUACAGACUGUUAAACUGACAUGGCCCUAAACAGAUCAAGCACAGUGAAAGACCUCAAAUGCCUUUACUGGUACCUAUUGGAUAUUAUGUUCAUUUGUUGCAUUAUUUAUUUCUAUAGCAUCCUUAAAGCACAAACUAAAUUGACUGUGACCCCAAGCAAAAAAUCCAAUUUAGUUGAAAAAACGAUUAAAAUUUAUACUGUCCUUAAAGGCGUCAACCAAAAAUGAAAAUUCCCAGCUUGUAUGACUUCUUUGUUGCUCUGUGGAACUCAAAUGAAUUGAUUUUGAAGAAUGCUUAGACUUUUUUUUUUGUCCACAAUGAAUGGAAAACUGGGUUUAAAACAACAUUGGAACCCAU